AGUUUCGGAUCCCGGAGUGGAAAUACCCCUCGGCCGCCGCGGAGCUGUCAGACCGAAAGCGGACUCGGCGGAGAAUCGCGCAGUCACAGUUUAUCACGCAAAGAAAAGGCGCUUGUCAUUUACAGCAGAUUUCUUCUACCAGCUUUUACGCUUAGAUACUUGGAAUGACGGACGCAAUACUACCGGACGAGGAUAAUCGGGCUAUUGAAAAUGGCUAUUUUAAAAAGGGCUGCAACCCCUUUGCCCAGACGGGCCGAAGCAAGCUGCAGAACAGGAGGGCUUCGCUCAACCAGCAGAUCAUUAAGCAGAUGAGGAUGAGGGCUGGUGCUGAGAAUCUCCUCCGGGCGACCUCCAACAACAAGGUGCGCGAAAUGGUGGUCCUGGAGCUGAGCUACGUGAAUUCCAACCUGCAGCUGCUCAGCGAGGAGUUGGAGGGCCUAAACAGCUCUGUGGAAGUCUACCAGAAUGUCCAAGAGUCGACCAGCAUCCCCCUGAUCCCUCUAGGCCUGAAGGAGACCAAGGAAGUGGACUUCUCUGUGCCAUUCAAGGACUUCAUCCAACAACAUUACAGUGAAGAUGGCUCCAAUUUUGAGGAUGAGAUUGCUGACCUUAUGGACCUGAGACAGGCAUGUCGUACACCAAGUCGCAGCGAGGCUGGCAUUGAGCUGCUCUCCACCUACUUUAGCCACCUGUCCCUUCUUGACAGCCGAUUCUUCUCCCACACCGGCCAAAUGGGAAUCUUCUUUACAUGGUAUGACUCCUUCACCGGGGUUCCUGCAUGCCAGCAGAACAUCUCCCUAGAGAAGGCCAGCCUUCUCUUCAACAUGGGCGCCCUCUACACGCAGAUCGCCACACGCUGCAACCGCCAGACCACCUCUGGGCUGGAGGAGGCCAUUGCCGCCUUCCAGAAAUCAGCAGGGGUGCUAAACUACCUGAAAGAGACGUUCACGCACACGCCCAGUUACGAUAUGAGCCCCGCCAUGCUGAGCAUGCUGGUCCGGAUGAUGUUGGCGCAGGUCCAAGAGUGCCUAAACGAGAAGACGGUCUUGCCUGGUAUUCGCAAUGAGUUCUUCUGCCUGGUCCGGAUGGCUCAGGAGGCCGAGAAGGUUGCCCAUACAUAUGAGCAGGCUCACCAGUCCAUGAUCCAGCAGCCCAUCAAAGACAACGUCCCUUUCUUCUGGUCCACCAUGGCGCGUGUGAAAACCACACACUACCGUUCCCUGGCCCACUACUUUGUGGCCACGGCUCUUCUCGACCACCAGUUAGGGCCCAGGGAUGAUGAGGACAAGCAGGAGAAGGCCCUGGCUCAGCUGUACGACAGCAUUCCCAGUGGGAAUUCUCCUGCAUACAUCCUCAAGAACAAGGAGGAACGUCGGCGCAUCGGGAAGGCACACCUGCGCAGGGCCAUCCUGGCCCAGGAGGAAGCCAUACGCUGUCAAAGCCUGUGCCGCCACCUGCGCAAACUGGACGUGCUGCGGGACAUCCUGCAGGCUGCGCAUCAGCGCUCACUGGCCAAGUUCACGGAGAACGACGCCGAGGAUGAGUUCACGGACCACAUGGACGCGCCCGACAUCGUCCCUAAAACUGAGCACAAAGCUGAAAUGGAAAUGCCAGCAUCCACAAAGGUGAAAGUCAAAGACUUUUUCCACAAGCUGGGCCCCCUCUCCAUGUUUUCAGCCAAGCAGCGCUGGACGGCACCACGCACAAUCCGGCUGCACACCGAGGACCACGACCUGGGCUUCACACUUAAGGGUGAUGGGCCCACACAGGUCCAGUGCCUGGAUCCGCUCUGCCCUGCUGCGAAAGAGGGACUGAAAGAAGGUGACUACAUCGUCACCGUCAAGGACACAGACUGCAAGUGGCUGGGUGUGGGUGAGGUGAUGAAGCUCCUGAAGGACGUGGACGAAGAGGGCGUGGACAUCCAAGUAGUCAGCAUGAUGGACAGUGGGCUGCCUAUGUCCGCCAAGAGCGCCACCUACUGCGGUGGGAUCCCCAAGACCUACUCCAUGAUCUGCCUGGCCUUCGACGAGGACGAUAAGAUAUCCAAAGCACGCAAGGUCACCAAGAAGCCAUCCUUUCUUAGCUGGGGCCUGAAGAACAAGCAGAAGAGUGCCAGCACGCUCAGCCUGCCCACCGCUGACUACCCCGGCACACUGCCCUGGGGCAAGCAGCGGGCCACCUUCCCCAGCUCCAACAACGGCGCCCUCUACUAGGUCAGCUCUGGGAUUGUGCCUUCCUGAUUGGCUGAUCCUUCCAAAUGCAAUUACAUUGAAAUAAAGGGGGGGGGGACACCAAACAAGAAUAUAUAUAUAUAUACACACACACACACACGUGCGCAUUUUAUAUAUAUAUAUAUAUAUAUAAAAGGACAAAAAAAAACCUUGCACACAUUUUCUUGGUGUAGGAACGUCGGUGAUAAGCUAACCCUUUUGUUUAAAAACGCCGGUUCCAGCCCUGACUGCUUCGCUGGUUGAGAGAUGGUUAGGUUUAUGUUGCUGGUUGUGUCUGUAUCUCAGGGUGCGUUUUGUUAACUGGAGUCCUAGAGUGUCUAAACAAACCACUAACAGGGAGAUGGAACUUGAGAGAAGGAACAAGUCAGGAAGCGUCUGGCGUUAACUGCAACUGAAAUGACUACUUCUGAUUUUUAUCACCCGUGCCAGUAGAAGCAGGACUGAAGAAGGAAAUUUACAUUUUAACAGUUGCAGGAAGGACAGGGUGUAGUGUAAAAGUGACGUGCCACACAUUGUAAAGCUGCUGAAUCGUUAAGGAAAACUUUUGUGUUAUUUUAACGAGGGGGGAGAGGAGGAGGCGAUUAAAUGAAGGAUUAUAGCCUUAGCAUCUCACAUUUGGAGAUAGGUGCACUUCAGAGACUGCGGUUUAAACAAAACUGGACAAGAGAGACGGAGGGAGGGAGAGACGGACGGCUGUGGGUCCUACCUGCCACUUAUGCUGCUUUCGGUUAUAAUGGUAGUAUGGCCAUGGUAAGUUUAAUCAACACUGAGCACCCCUGCCAGCCUGAUCUCUCGCACCACCCUGAGUAAUGCCAACACCUUGAGUGUUGGAGUAUUUCACUGUCUACAGCGUAGAUAUUUAUUCACGUUUGAUAAUCAAAUAAUUUAUAUGGAAAAUUUGAACUACUUAGAAAUACCACUGUACAUUUAAACACUUUAAACUGUUUUUGCCUAAAAUAUUUGUAUGCAAAUCAUGUAUUAGAUUUGCUGUCUUGGAAGUCAAACUUAUUUCGGAAACUUUCUCAUGCUUAAAUUUUUAUUUCUUAUCUGCUAUUAAACAGUGUUUAUAUACAAAUUGUAGUGUCUAAUUAUAAAAUACAAUAGGAACAUACACACAGUACAAGUAUACCGAAGAUAUUUCUAUUGAAUAGUGUAGUGCUUUGCAUACAAAGGCGUGGGUUCUUGUUUUGAACAUUUUGGUUUUAUUCAGUAAGGUUGUAAAUGUCAGCAAACUGUGUUUCUGAGUUAAUGACCAAGUCUGUGUGGAUUUUAUUACUGUGCUUUUAAAGUGAAGAAUUCAACUUACUGCCAUACUUGCCUCCUGCUCUGUAAGUAAACACAACUUGUAUCCAUAGUUUUUGUCACCUUUGUUUCAUGUACAGUAUCUCAGGCAGAUGUAUGUAUGUAUGUAUGUAUGAAGUAUUCUUUCGUAUGUGCAAUGGUCAUUCCCUUGUUUUUCACUUAUAUGUAACUGGAAUCUCAAUAAAAAUGGGGUAAAAUUUAAA